CUUUCGCUUCUCUCCGAUGUGCUUUCGCCAUUCACCCCUCUUUCCCCACUCUCCUCCCCUGCAUGUUAAUUUUCUCUGGCUCUGCACCUCACGACCUCCUCCCGUCUCCUCCCCCUCCACAGACAUGAGGCCUUUGUUAGUCUGCAUGCCUCUACUACUUGUGGCGGCUCUGGUCCUAGGCCUGGAUGGAGCUGGUGUUCCUAAAGGCGGCUGGGCCUCUCCUUCCAUUCCUGUCUCUGGUGUCAUCAUCCCUGGCUUCGCUUCUUCUCGACUGCGCGCCUGGGCUCUUUUAGAUUGCCCUUACUCCCCUCUAGAUUUUCGACCGCUAGACCCUGUCUGGCUGGAUACUAAGAAGGUGUUGUCCGUGCUCAAUUGUUGGCUAAAGUGCAUGCUGCUCGACCCAGUCACUCAAGCCGACCAUCCGGAGUGCAAGUCACGUCCUGAUACUGGUCUUUCUGCCAUCACGGAGCUUGAUCCAGGCUACAUAACUGGCGCCUUGUCAUCCGUGUGGCGGGAGUGGGUCAACUGGUUGGUAGAAUUUGGAAUCGAACCUGACGCAAUCGUUGCCGUGCCGUAUGACUGGCGUUUACCAGGGGCUAUGUUAGAGGAGCGAGACCUCUACUUUCAUAAGCUCAAAAUAAUAUUUGAGACAGCGCGGAAGUUGCGUGGAGGCCCUUCUUUAGUUUACGCCCACUCAAUGGGGAAUAACGUGUUUCGCUAUUUUCUUGAAUGGCUGAAGCUGGAGAUCGCCCCCAAGCACUACAUGGAGUGGCUCGAUCACCACAUUCAUGCAUAUUAUGCUGUUGGUGCUCCUUUGCUAGGUUCAGCUGAAACUGUGAAGGCGCUCAUGUCAGGAGUCACUUUCGGGCUACCAAUUUCUGAUGGGACAGCAAGAGUCAUGUGCAAUUCAUUUGCUUCUUCUCUUUGGAUGCUGCCAUUUUCAAAGCACUGCCAUGUGGACCACAGAAUGAGCAGUAACUUCCGAGAAAGUGAUUCUGUGGUCGUGCCACAUCUAGUAUGUGAUAAGAAGGAGUACGAAGGAAAUUCGUCGAGUUGGCCCGUAAACCUUGUGAAAAUUGAUUUACCAGCCACUCCAGGUAGCUGCCCAGCUACUGAAGUGGUUGCUCAUCCGAUUGCCCCACUUGCACAAGAUGUUAUGAGUCAAACGUUUCAAUGCAGUAUGCCCUCUCAGAAGUCUUAUACUGCGCACCAAGUCUCCACUGGCACAUUCUUGCGGGAUAUUCUGGAUCAUGACUUCAAUAGUCCCAACGCACUUCAUCAUCUUAUCAAGUACUACCUGGAAGAUCCGAUUCUGAAUCCAUUGACACCAUGGUCAAGACCGCCAAUCAAGAAUGUCUACUGCAUUUAUGGCGUUGAUAUGAAAACAGAGGUGGGAUAUCACUUCGCACCAAGUGGUAAGGCAUAUCCUGACAAUUGGAUUAUCACCGAUAUCAUUUAUGAGACUGAAGGUGGUCAACUUCAGUCAAGGUCAGGAAUGGAAGUAAACGGUAGUACGGGACCAUCAAGUGGUGAUGUUACGGUACCAUACAACUCACUGUCGUACUGCAAGACAUGGCUAGGGUCACGAGUGAACAUUACCAGAACUCCACAGACUGCCCACGAGGUAACGGACAUGCAGGAGCAGCUGAAUGUGGAACAUGAUCGAGAGUCGGAUAUUGUUCCCAACAUGACCAGAGAUAGCAGAGUGAAAUAUAUCACAUACUAUGAAGAUGGAAUCAGCCUUUCAGGAAAACGAACAGCUGUUUGGGAGCUAGAUAAAAUUGAUCACCGCAAUAUAGUGCGUUCAUCAAUUUUGCUGAGAGAACUUUGGUUGGAGACUGCUCACAGUUAUCACAAAGAUGCUAAGCGACAGUUUGUAUCAAAAGAACGGCGAGAACCAAUGCGGGAUGAGGAUUGUUUCUGGGACUAUGCAAAAGCAAGAUGCGGUCGUCCAGAUAGAUGUGAAUAUAGAUAUGUUUUUGGAGAUGUCCAUCUAGGUCAAAGUUGUCGACUGCAAGCUUCAUCUGACAAGGAUCAUAUCUUGCGCUACAUUUAAAGUUUCAGGCUCAUUCUAUGACUACCUUAGGGGUUAAGUUUAUUGCUGUUAGCUACAUGAUUUGUCCACAUUUUGGCAUACGUUUAGGCGGUAGGGUUUUGGGUAUUAUGUCGUUGCUCUGUAGCUUUUUGGUGCGUCCACUUUUAAUUGCUAUCUAAUUUACAAGGCCGUGUUGUAUGGCUCCAGGUUGUUCAAAAAUCUCAUUAGCAACUAUUAUUUCAUUUAUAUUAAAAGAAAGUUGACGUUUCAAAUGCUGCGUUAUUGAGUAGAAUCGGAGUAUGCAGCCUCAGACGUUUUCGUUCAUCCUAAUCUCGGUAUUUUAUGCCGCGAAACUAUUUCCAAACGGGGAAUAACAGCCAUUAGAGAAAAUUUUAAUUGCAAUAAGAAGAAUGUGUAACUUUUUAUUUAUUCAUAUUUUUUUCGUUUU